AUGCCUGUGCUGCCUGCGCCUGUUACCACAUUAACCGAUUCCGAUAAUGAUGGUACUGAAGGUGCAGCAAAGGCCAAAACACGGUGCAAGGGCAAGGCCAAGGCCAAGGACCUUGUCCCGACUUCGAAGUCCAAGGUGCUGAGGAGGCCUGCUGCUUCCUGUGAGGAGUCGACGGCAGCUCCCCCGACUGCAGACGAAAAAGCAGAGGAUCCAGCUCCGAAGGCCAAAACUAAGGCAAAGGGAGCGAUGAAGCGCCCUGCGGCCUCGUUUGAAGCUUCAGAGGCAGCUGCAAAGAAGGCCAAGGUCCAGGUCUUCUGUUACAGGAAGCUCAACACGUGGGCCAUCAAGAUAGAUGGCAAACAAGUUUUGAGCGUAGGUGGCAAGAACUUUCCAUUUGAGAAGGCCAAGGAGAUUGCUGAUAUUUGCCAUGGUCACCUCAAUAGUGGCGACGAUGUCAAGACGGUCAAAGAUAUGGCCGCGCAACUGAUGACCGCGGCCCGUGAGAGCUUGGCAGGCACCGAAGCUGCCCCUGGCCCUGAGACCGGUGUUGCUUCUGGCGCUGGUGGAGCUGCAGCUGCAGCUGCUAAAUCUGAGCCAGCUGAGAGGGUUGAAUCUGAGGAAGUCGCGGCCACAGAAGAGCCAAAUGUUGAUGACUCACAUGAUCAGCAGGAGGGCGGGGAAGAGGAAAAGAAAGAGAAUGAUCCCUCUUUGGAUGUCGACUGAGAGUGUUGAGAGUAGCAGCAGUUGCGUGAUGUUGCCUGAAGAUACCUGAAGAGC